UCCACAUGCCAGAACUUAUCAUCGUUGACCUGCUCGUCCAUUCAUCUCAUCUUGGUCUAUGGCUGGGUUGAUUUGAAGUAUGCAGACUGAAAACAGAGCUAGGAAAUGAAAGAAGUUGAUUGAAAAAAGCUAAGCUCUUUCUCCAGAUUCCUAAAGUACCAAAAUUUGAUCAACCAACAGGAGAGAAAAGGACAAUCAAUUCCUCAACCUCGAUCAAUAUCCAUCUCGAGUUGGAGGCCAGGAUAGAUGACGUUUGCUGCAGAUAUUCUGAUGUCUAAAGACAAUCAUGAAACCCUUGAGGAUAGCAACUCAAGUGGAUUAAUAGAUUAUAUGGAAGAAGCUGUCCAACAAGCAGGGCAUUUUGGAAUAGCUGAUCAAAUUGCAACUAUUGGGGCGAUUGACAAUGUCUCUCAAGUGCGUGAAAAGAUUAAUAAUUUGAAGAGUCAAACUCAAGCUUAUAGGGCCAUUAUAACAUCACAACAGAAUCAGGCAUUCCUAGAUGACAAUUCUGUGGUGGAAUAUGCUGACAAUAUCCUUGAGAUUUUGAAAUGCUGCAAGGAUAUUUUGGAAGUUACCUUCAAAGAGAUUAGUGAUCUUGAGAAAAGGUUAUUGCUCUUGAAAAUGUUUUUAGAAUUCAUUACUACACUAGGCGUUGAAGGUGAAAAGUUGCAAGAUCUCUUGAUUGGUAUUAUAAGUGUGCUUGAUACUGCAACAUUGAUAUCUGACCAAUGUUUUCUCAUUGGAGGGGAAUCAGAGAUGGUAAAUGUGAUCAAAGAUUGCAUGGCUAAGGCCAGGUUUAUAGACUCUGAGGUAAUAGAUCUUUUGCUAAAAAGUUUGAAGUCUACUUCAAGCGCAUCAGAAUUUGACAUGAUUGUUCGAAUAGCUGAUGAAAUUCUCAUUUUUCUCCAAGAUGUUUUAAGGGUGACACUAAACCAUGGGGCAGAUAUGAAUAAUCAAGUAAAAGAUGAUGAAAUUCACUUGGAACUCGAAUUCUUGGAAUCUUUUCUCUCCAAUAAGUCAAGCCAAUAUAUUGAACAUGUGAAAUCCAUCUCGUCACAUGUUGAAGUUGUAUUCACAGCACACGCACCAAAAUUGUUUUCUAUAGGUGAAUUGGAUUAUCUUUCUGAGUUAUCCAAAGAUCUUAAGCUUAUCAAGGCAGAAGUGCGCAUAUUAGAACACCUGGACAAUACCAUGGAGCCUCAAAUCAAGGAUCAAACUGAAACCCUUCUUGAGGGAUUGGUGUUUAUGCGGAAUUACUUAAUGAGUCAUAAAAUGAAGCAAAUUUAUUGCUCAGAUUUCUCUCUCUACAAACACAUAGAAGAAAUGGCUUUUAAGGGAGAAUCAAUAAUUUCUUCAAUUAUUGACAAUGGAGUGAAAGAAGAUUUAGUGGGGAUGCUCGAAGAUAUUAAGCACUUGAAGAUAAGAGCUAGUGGAAUUUAUCUAGAGCCAACAACAUUGAAAUUCCCAAGGGUCAAUCAGAAAGCCUUUCUUGAUUCUUUCCUCCAAUAUCUAAAAGAGGAUGUGAUCCCUACAUCAAACAAGGUUGCGCUGGUAAAGCGGCAAGUUAUGGCAAUCCAUUCUAGUUUAGAGUCAUUAAAAACUUCAUUCUCUCAUGCAAUUGAGUUGUACAAUGAGCAUGAUGAGGAAUUUAAAGCUAUCAAGAGUCGUGUUGUAGAUGCUGUUUUUGAAGCAGAAUACACAAUUGAUUCAUUUUUGGUGAGGCAACAUCAUCUUUGGUAUCAUAUGUUGGAGCUUUUCCAAGUCACAGAAAAAAUUCAAUCCAUUGACAGUAGGAUUGAGAUUUUUAACAAGAAUUGGGAAGCUGAAGAUAGAAGUACUCAACAGAUGAGCACCCAUGUUUUACCUGAAGUUAAUCAAGGCAAAGUUGUGGGUGUUGAGAACGAGGUGAAAGAGAUUGUAGAGAAACUUGCCAAUGGGAAAAAAGAACACCACGUUAUCUCAAUUGUUGGUAUGCCAAAACUUGGCAAGACAGCUUUAGCAAAGGCAGUAUACUAUAAUGAAAGAUUUUUGAACCAUUUUGAUGUUCGUGCAUGGUGUGAUCUUUCUGGAGUAAAUACAAAAAGAAAUUUGUUAAUGGGGCUUCUGAAUCAAGUUGGUAUGAGGGCUCAAAUUCGUGAUUUUUAUGAUGAUGGAGAUUUAGCUCAGUUUCUCAAGAAAAGCCUUUGGGGAAGAAGGUAUCUUAUCGUUAUGGACGAUUUACAGGAUAUUGAAAUAUGGGAAUACUUUCAAAGGGUAUUUCAUAAAGAAAACAAUGGGAGCGGAAUUAUUUUCACCACUCGGUUCCACGGGUUAGUUUCAAAACUCAGUGACCAAACCAUAAAAUUUGUUCAUCUUGGAUUUAUUCCUACUUCAAUAUCUUGGAUGUUGUUAAAAAACAAGAUAUUUGACAAUGAUUGCUCUGGUAAAUUGGAAGAAAUUGGAAUGCGUAUUGCAGAGAGGUGUUACGGAAUACCUUUUGCAAUUCAUUUGGCAGUUGAAACUCUGAGAAUGAUGGAAAAGAAUCCAGAUAGGUGGGGGGAAGAAGAAGAAAGGCUUUUCUCUCAAAAUAUUACCUACCUGAAUGAUAACAUAUUAGAACCCAGUUACAAGGACUUGCCUGAGAAAUUGAAAUCAUGUUUUCUUUACUGGGGGCCAAUUAUAAAGAGUGAAACAAUUCCCAUCAAAAAGUUGAUAUGGUUAUCCAUUGCUGAGAAACUUGUACAACAAACAACAAACAAGAGCUUAGAGGAUCAAGCAAAUGAUUUAUUACUGGAGUUACAGACAAGUGAGGUACUUGUUGUAGCUCAACAAAUAUUCAAUGGCAGAAUUAAAAAAUGCAAUAUUGUUGAACAGUUCUCUGAAUUUUGCUUGAAAAAGUGUAGGGAAGAACACAUUUGGGAGCUAAUAAAUGGGAGAGAUGCAGAUACUAAAUCAAAGCAAGAGCCCUACACUCAAUGUCGCCUGUACAUCCAUUCCAAUGGAAGACAUUUUCUUAUGUCAAAGCCUAGUGGUUCACAUGUGCGUUCUCUGAUAUUUGGUGUUGAGGACAAGUUAAUUAUGGACUGUGAUGUCACAUGCAUCACAAACAACUUUAGGUUGCUUAGAGUAUUGGAUUUUGGGAGCAUUAACGUUGGCAAUUCAUUUCCACGAGAAAUAGAGUUGAUGAUUCUGUUGAAGUACCUAGCUAUUCAUGGUAAUUUUGAUUCCAUCCCAGAGUCCGUAUCUAAUCUAGGUGAUCUUGAAACUUUUCUUAUCAAAGGAUCAAAAGCUGGAUCAGAAGCUGUUGGGCUACCCCACACUGUGCAACAUAUGAGGAAGCUAAGGCAUUUGCAUAUAUAUCCACAUGCUGUAUUUCUUCCAGGUCCAAAUUAUCAUGGACAGAAGUCAUUGAUGUUAUCUAUGGAAUCAGAUCUACAGACCAUUUCUGCACUUCCUCUUGUUUAUGAUGUGGGCAGUACUUGGACAGAAAAAGAGCACAUGCAAAAGUGGUUAGGGAAUGUUCGAAACUUGAAAUUUGUAGUUGCUGAUUCUUCCAGUACUCUAGAGAAGUGCAAUCUCUUCCCUUCUCUAUUGUAUCUAAACAAACUUGAAUCACUCAAGAUUUGUUGUACUCACAGAGUGGUAUCAUCUAGUGACUUUAGCUUUCCCCAGAGCCUCAAAAGACUCACCUUGUCAAAUUUGGCACUGCCAUGGGAUGAAAUUUCUAUAAUUGGGAGGCUGCCCCAGCUUGAGGUUCUGAAGCUUCUUUGCAAUGCCUUUAAGGGUUCAAAAUGGGAGAUGAAAGAUGAUAAGUUUCCUAGACUCAAAUAUUUAAAGCUUGACUCUGUAGAUAUUCAACAAUGGAUAGGUGAUGAUGAGGACUGCUUACCACACCUGGAGUGGCUGGCUCUGCGAAGCUGUGAGCAACUUGAGAUGAUCCCUUCCUGCAUUACCAAUAAUUUUAACCUCCAGACAAUUGAGUUUUGGGGAUGCAGUGAUUCAAUAAAGAAUUUGGCAAAAAAAAUCAAUGAAGAAAGGGUAGAUGUCGGUUGUGAACAACUUAUUAAGGUUGUUGACCAUCCACAUCGUGCAUAGAAGGUAUAAUUGGACAAAGAUUCAUAUUAAUAAAUGGAUGUAUUUGUAGUGUUAUGUCAAGCUGAGGACAUGAAAGAUCUGCUUACUAAACUCUUCAGGACCUAUUGUGAAUUUGCAGCAAGUUAAAGGAAAGAAGUGAAACAAACUGGUGCAAUGUGUUCUUUUUCUUGUUUUUAAUGGAUUUUGUUAUAGAAAGUUUUAAGAACUGGUGCAAGUUGGACUUUGGCUUUAAUGCUCAAACUUUUUAAUAUUUUGCUUUUUACAAAGUUUUAACCUCCAAUAUUAUUAUAAUUGCUUUAGUAA